CCUUACAGGCAGGCUUCUCGACAGCAGUCGAGGCAGAUGUCUGUCGACCCUCACAACGAGCUCCACCCCGUCCAGGACCACUACAUUGGCAUUGAUGUCGGUACCGGCAGUGCUCGCGCCUGUAUCAUGAACGACAAGGGUGACAUUGUCGGUCUUGCCAGUGAGAACAUUGGCCUCUGGCAGCCCGAGACUGGCUACUACGUGAGUCUUCUGCAAUCUCACCACAAGUAUUCGUGCUUACGCUCAAGCAGNGAACAAUCCACCACAGACAUCUGGAGAUGCAUCUGCAACUCGGUACAGCGUGCCAUGAACCAGCACGGCAUCGACGGCUCUACCAUCCGCGGUAUCGGUUUCGAUGCCACCUGCUCGCUCACCGUCUUCUCCAACGACACGGACGAGCCCAUCUCCGUCACUGGCCCCAAGUUCGACAAUGCCGAUGGCAACGACCGCAACGUCAUUCUAUGGCUCGACCACAGACCCGUCGAGGAGACUGACAAGAUCAACGCCACAAACCACAACCUGCUCCGCUACGUUGGUGGCAAGAUGAGCAUCGAGAUGGAGAUGCCAAAGGUUCUUUGGCUCAAGAACCACAUGCCCAAGGAGCUCUUCGACCGCUGCAGAUUCUACGACUUGACUGAUGCCCUUACCCACAUUGCCACUGGCAACGACGACCGCAGCUUCUGCAGUGUCGUCUGCAAGCAAGGCUUCGUGCCAGUAGGCGUUGACGGCAGUGUCAAGGGUUGGCAAGAAGACUUCCUCAAGGAGAUUGGUCUCGAGGACCUGUGCGAAGACAACUUCAAGCGCCUGGGCGGUGUAGAUGGGGUGUACCACACGGCUGGUGACAAGAUUGGCACUCUUUGCGAAAAGGCUGCUGCUGACCUCGGUCUUCCUCCUGGUAUCGCUGUCGGUGCUGGUGUCAUCGAUGCCUACGCUGGUUGGAUUGGUACCGUCGGAGCCAAGGUCCGCUUGCCAAACGGAAACCUCCAAUCUGGUGCAGACAAGAACGAUGUCUCGCAAGCCUUCACUCGCUUGGCCGCCGUCGCCGGAACUUCGACCUGCCACUUGGCCAUGUCUGAAAAGCCCGUCUUUGUCGAAGGUGUCUGGGGACCAUACCGCGAUGUUCUCAUCCCAGACUACUGGAUGGCAGAGGGUGGUCAGUCGGCAACUGGCGAGCUGCUGAAGCACGUCCUCGAGACCCAUCCAGCCUUCCAACAGGCCAUGAGUGUCGCCGAGACGUUCAACGCAAACAUCUACGAUUACCUCAACGAACAUCUUAACGAGAUGAUGGCAAAGGAAGACGCUCCCACAAUCUCAUACCUUGGCCGUCACUUCUUCUUCUACGGCGAUCUGUUCGGUAACCGCAGUCCUAUCGCUGACCCCAACAUGAAGGGAAGUGUGAUUGGCUUGUCGAGUGACCGCAGCUUGGACGGUCUGGCACUCUACUACUACGCCACUAUGGAGUUUAUCGCAUUGCAGACCAAGCAGAUCAUCCAGCGCAUGAACGACUCGGGCCAUGUCAUCAACUCCAUCUUCAUGUCGGGAAGCCAGUGCCAGAACGGCAUUCUCAUGGACCUCAUGGCCACUGCUUGCGAGAUGCCCGUUGUCAUUCCCAGAUAUGUGCACGCAGCCGUCGUCCACGGUGCAGCCAUGCUCGGAGCCAAGGCAGCUUCGGCCGACGGCGAGGGCAAGACCGAGCCCCUGUGGGAUAUCAUGGACCGUAUGAGCAAGCCCGGUAAAGUCGUGCUUCCCGGCAGGGACCAGAACGAGAAGAAGCUUCUCGAGGCAAAGUACAAGGUCUUCCUCAUGCAGUGCGAGCAGCAGCGUGAGAUUCGUCGCGACAUUGACGAGGCUGUCAGUGGCUGGAAAUAG